UUAGUGAGUGUAUCUCACAGAGUAGUAUUUUCGAUAUUCUUUAUUACUGAUAAACAUUAAUAAAAAUCCAAUCAGUACCGAGUCCUAGCUGUGGAGGUUCAGCAGGACAUGAGUUAGGCCUAUAUUCAGCUUAAGUAAUAAUGUUGAGGACGGGUAUUGGAUGUCGAGGAGUGGAUCUUUGCUGGGUUCAGAGAUACCAUAUGUGUAUUAAAGUUUGAAUCAGCAUUAUAAGUUGAUAAAGCUGGAUGUAAGAUGUAAUCAUUAUCAUAAGACUUCUGACCAAUGAGAACGCUGUCGGUCUACCAGACCACAGACUACUCACUAUUCAGACAGACCGACUAUUUCAGGAUCAAAACAAACGUCAGCGUUCCGUGAUACUCAACUGUUGAGUAGGUGAUAAACAGCACCAACUACAAACAAUCGAGAUUGUAAAUCAAGCUUAAUAAAAGGGUAUUUUCGAGUAUCUUUGAAAGAUGUCUUCAAGCAAUUGUUCUCAAAACUGUAUAGUGGAAAAUACCUUAGAUACGCUUUACAGUGAAACGCAAGAUUUGCUGUAUUUUAACACCAAUGUUCCGGAGGUGACGCAUCUUGAAAGCGAGAGAGAAUCAUGGCCUUUAGUUUUUUUGCGUGAAUAUGUUUCCAGAAAUUUUCCGGUUCUGAUAAAGGGAGGAGCAAAUUAUUUGCCGGCUGUUGCCAAAUGGAAUUCCCAAUAUUUCCGCCGACAUUUUCCAGAAAAAGAAGUUACAGUUAGUUUAACCCCUAACGGGUAUGCUGAUGGACUUGCUUGCUAUGAAGGUCAACCUUGCUUUUUUUUACCAGAAGAAACCAAAAUGAAAUUUGCAGAUUUUCUCAGUGUACUGAGAGAAAAACGGAAAAAUUACAUCGGCUAUAUUCAGCAACAAAAUUCCAAUUUAACUCAGCAUUUGUGUGAAUUACUUGAAGACGUUGAGAAGGAAUUCAGUUGGGCAUCAACCGCUUUUAACAAGCAUCCUGAUGCAGUUAACUUCUGGAUGGGAGAUGAGAGAGCAAUUACAAGCAUGCACAAAGAUCCUUAUGAGAAUAUCUAUUGUGUUAUCGAUGGGUAUAAGGAUUUUAUUCUGAUACCACCUGCAGACCUUCCAUAUGUACCAUAUAAAAGCUAUCCUGUAAAACAGUAUAAAAAUGUUGGCGCGCACCAGUACGAAGUGGAAAACAGCACAGACUCAAAAAGUGUUUUUUGGAUUGCGGCAGAUCCUUUAAAUCAAGAAAAGGACCAUCAAGAUUAUUCAGAUUUCCAUAAAAAAACACGGAAAUUCCAUGUACGAGUUGAAAAGGGUGAUAUAUUGUAUUUGCCUAGUUUGUGGUUUCAUCACGUCAGGCAAAGUCAUGAAUGUAUAGCUGUGAAUUAUUGGUAUGACAUUGAAUAUUCAGAUCCAAAAUAUUGUUACUAUAGAAUGUUGGCCACUUUGUGCGGCAAACAAGAUUUUACGUAAUAUAUAAAAUGUUUUUUUUUACCUA